CUUGUCGGCAGCUCAUGUGCCCUUUAAGUAGGUUUUUCUGCUGUCGCCUGUCAAAUUCUAAAACAAAAACUACCACUGCUGCUAAAGCACCGAUAGGUAAAUGCAUGUGCUUAAUAAUUUUACUGUCAAUGUUUACAUAAAUAAAUUAUUUCACUUUAAUAUUCGAAUGGUAUAUUUUGCAAGAAAACCAUAAUUAGUCAUAUUAGACUUAUGACUUAUUAGAUCUAAUUAUUAUUAAUUAGUAUUAAUAGUCAAACCGACUCGUAUCCAAGUACCGAAGAUACUAAGUAAAAAGUAAAGAAAGAAGGCGGCGCUAAGUGAAAUAAACAGUGUACGUUUUAGUGAAAUUAAGACCAAUGAUUAGCAAAAACUCAUGGGACCAAAACAAAUUGCUGAUAUUUGCAGUGAUGUGCCAAUCCCCCAGAUUCAGCCAGCAUGAGGAUCAUUUACAUUUCAUUAUCAACAGAUGCUGUUACUGUUACUACACAGUCACAGAGGUGUUUGGGAUCCACAACACACACAUUUUAACACAAUCAUGGCAGUGCUUUCCAAGCAUAAUUUUACCUCAUGCCCCACCUGAUCGCAUGUGUUAUAAUCUCCCACCCUCCAAAACACACUCACAAAGUAAUGGGAAGAAAAAAAAAGAGCUCUUCAUGCUGCCAUAAAGAUUUUAUUUGAAAGUAGCUGCUUUAUUUAGCUUAAAGAUUUACAAUUGUAGGAUAAAUUUAAAAUAAGUUACAUAAUUGAAAAUAUAUUUGUAUUCCAAUAUAUUUUUUUUUAAAAAUAAUUUAAGCGGUUAACUUUAAGAAAUCAAGUUGGAACAUCCCCCACCCCCCCCCCCCCCCCCCCCCCCGGGGGUUUGGAAUAAAUGCAUUUCCUAUAUCCCUGGCCCUGAGCUUUGGCUCAGAUGGGCCAAUAUUUUGGCCACCCAUUGUCAUGAAAAAAAUCUCCUUAAAAUGGCGCCUCUCCAUUUAAAAAAAAAAAAGUGAUGCCCAGACCUAACCACUUCUCCAACCACCUUAGCCUUUUUGUCCCAGUUAAUAUUAUAUGCCCUACUAUAAUCUACAAAUUCUGUGCCUGUGGAGGUACCCCCCAAUUUAAAAUAUAAAAUAGUUUUAAUUAUGAUUCGACCAUAAAAAUACUAAGAAAUGCUCCUUAAAAGUACAUUGCCACAAAUGUAAAGGAACUUCAUUAUCUCCCUCAAAACCCCCGAAAUAAUAACAAAACUAUUUAUAUUUCGUAGAAAAACAUAUUACAGUUACAUGACCGUCAUUCCCAUGCAUUCCUGCAGGACUCGAGCCCUGCGCAAAAUAAAAAUACAUGUACUACAUUUGUUUAAUCUCACAGGUAUUAAAUUAAAUUUAAAAAAACAAAUUAAUUAAGAAGAGCAUAACAUUAAUUUUAUAAGAUUUGGUCAGGCCAAAGGGUUAAAAAUAAAGACUCGAAGACCAUGGUUUUGCUACGGUGUAUGUGGGCCAAAGCCAAUGGUUUUGCUAGAUACACCGCCGUGGUAUAUGGAGACCAAAGUCCAUGGUUUUUCUAGGUACACUGCCACGGUGUACGUAGUACUGGCCUUUAAUAAAUGUAGCAUAUUAUAGGCCUCUAGUGAUAUAAGAUAACAGUCAUGACCAUAGAUCAGGGGUCGGGAACCUAUGGCUCGCAAGCCAGAUGUGGCUCUAUUGAUGGCUGCAUCUGGCUCGCAGACAAAUGUUCGAUUAUUAAUAAAAAGUCGCAUUAAUGGUAAGAAAUACUCAUUAUUGAUUAGCAACAGCAUAACAAUGUCAUUAAAAGAAUUCAGAGACAUAAUUAUUGCAUUUUUAGUGUUGAAAUUACACAAAAUGCACACAUUUACUUGAAUUUUUAGUUUUAAACAUAAUGUAUGUCUCUCACAGAAUUGCUUUUCAAAAUUUGUGGUGUCCAAGGCGUUCUCAGACAAAAAGGUUCCCGACCCCUGCCAUAGAUGAUAGAACUUACUUACUAUGCCUGCUACAUUUUCAAUAAUAAUUUUAACAAUAUUCUAGUAUAUAUAGUUGGUAUAUGAAUAACUUUAUAAUUAUAACUAUAAAUAGCCCAGGCAAGCUGUUACUCACUGCCAAUAUUGUAAAUAAGUGUUGUGUUAUUUUAUGAUGUACAAUUCUUCUUUACUGACAUUUACCUGCAGUAAAUUUAUCACAUGGUUGAUUUAUCAUUAUGAUAUUAUGUUAAUGUAUAAUUUAGACCUAAUCAUGAUAUUGAUAAACUUAAUUACUAAUUACUUAUUCUCAGCUGGUGUGACAAGUUAUAAUUCAAUGCUAUCACUUUCUGGGUCCAUAUCAAUAUCUCUGUGUUUGCAACAUAAAGCUCCUAAAUAUUACUAUUGCUCCCUCUCCAUAAAUACCCAAAGCCAAAGGACUUAAUGCUUUCAUGUCUCAGUGAUAAUAUAAUUAGCCUUUUAAAAAGCCAAAAAUUAAGUCCUGUUUUAUGAGUUAUUAUUAUUAUGUCUGCCCUGUAAGGCUAGAUUUUAAAUAUUAAUUUAUUUUAUUUAUUUAUAUAGGCCUUAUAAUAAUAUAUAUAUGAUGCAGGCAUGUAUAUAAAAUUAGAAGUUCAAGUGGUUAUUGUUUUUCUUAUCAUUUAUAUAUUCAUAUAAAUUGCAUGCAAAUUAAAUAAGUAAAACUUGUUGGGUGAAUUUUAAUAAUGCUAAUUAUUAAUGAAUUACAGAAAUCUAACAUGAAUGAUUGAAUGGAGAGUAAUUAAUAAUUUGAAAUUAAAAUUAAAAUUGUUUUAAUGUUAAGGUAAUGCUUUAAUUUCAGGUGUCUGUUUAGACAAUAGGUAAUAUAUUUGGGUAUAAUUCUUUUUCAAUUUACAUGAUUAAGUUGAUGUUAUUUCACACCUUUUUAUAAAAUCCUAGAUUCCUUAAUUUGUUUUUAAAAUUCCUAUUUUUAAUUUAUAUUAUAUUGAAAUGUGCCUGAAAUAAAGUGUAGGGCUGCCAACAUGUUGAAUUGAAUAAAUUAGUGAUACCCAUUUUUAUUUUGAAUUUUAUGUGGAAGAUGCACAAAUUGUACUUAAGUCAUAUAAUGUGUCACUCUAAUCAUGCAAUCACAGCUAACUGAUAAAACUUUGCACUGGGAUUGGGCAACCCUUUGCAAUUUAUUAUGGAGAGAUUUUAUGUCUUAUUUCGCACCAAUACUCUCUACUUUUACAGUUGUAUGUUUUUUCUGAAUCAAUUUACUAAUGCAAUGAAUUUAUCAACUUAAUAAAUAAUUUCAAAUCAUUACUAAUAUCAGAAUUAACUGUUGUAUUAAUCACACUUAGUAUAAAUGUUUUUAUCUUAUCGUUAUUUAUUAUAUUUUUAAGGGCAAGCAAAACACGUUUGAUUUUUAUUUAUUACAGCUAUGAAUGGCAAGGUAGAUGGUCAUGUCAACGGCAAUGACUUCCCUCAUGAAAAAGUGGUCAUUUUGGAUGCAGGGGCACAAUAUGGCAAAGUCAGUAUACAUAACAUGAAAUAACUGAUUAACUUAUAAUACAAUAGUAAUAAUUCUUCAUGCUAAAAGCAAAUGCUGGAUCAAGUAUACAUAUUUGGUAUUUGAAUUAUUAUCCUCAGUGUGUAUCCUUAAAGGCUCUAUAUGACUUUUUUAUUAUUGCUUCUAAUAUCUGAGAGUUGUUCAUGAACAUUUAGUGCAUUUAUUUACACUAGUAUAUUUGGCAAAUUAUCUAUUUAAAAUAUUUCAAUGAUCUAAAUUGCACACUGUUUGAAGGUUAUAGACAGAAAAGUUCGAGAACUAUCAGUUGGUUGUGACAUUUUGCCACUUGAUAGCCCAGCUUUUGUUAUCAAAGAAAAGGGAUACAAGUGAGUAAAUUUUCUUUUUAAUACAUAAUUAUUUAAGUAGUUUUCUUUCAGAUUCUUGCAAAGUCAUUUUCCAUUUUAGUGGUGUGUUGACAGUUAAAACAAGAUACGUUUACCUUAAAAUCUUUGUUUUCUUUCCACCACAAGAGCAAUCAUUAUUUCUGGAGGACCAAGUUCUGUGAAUGACCUUUCAGCUCCUCAGUAUGAUCCAGAUAUAUUCAAAUGUGGUCUUCCUGUCCUGGGAAUCUGCUAUGGCAUGCAGGUAUUGACUUACAAUAUGAAAUAAAAAUGUACAAUUCUUUAUUUUGAACCUAAUAUCAUAUUGUGAUGUACAUACAGGCUUAUAAUAUAAAUACAUUUUUCACAGAAUUUAAAACCUGGUUAUUUUUAUAUGCAUUCAAACAUAUGUUGCUUUAAAUUAAUAUAAAAGCAUCAAUAGGAUACCAAUAAAUUUGAAUCCAUUUAGAAAGAAAAAAAAUUUAAAUGCCUUUGCUGCUCUAUAGAUGAUGAAUAAAGAGUUCAAUGGCAAAGUCACGAAAACAAACACACGAGAAGAUGGUCAGUUUGAUAUAACUGUAGACACUUCCUGUACUAUUUUCAAGUGAGUAUUUCUUCAUCCCAGUCUAUGUUUUAACAAUGGAUAGUUAUUUUAAUUGGCAUGUAUUAGCCAACACGACACAGACUUUAUUUCAUGUUCAGAGUAAACAAAGAAAUAAUUUUCUUUAAACACAGGAAACUGGGGGAAAAGCAGCAGGUUCUGCUAACUCAUGGUGACAGUAUCACUCAGAUUGCUGAUGGUUUCAAGGCUGUUGCACAAUCAGGAACGUGUAUAGCAGGUUAGCUGUGAGCACUAUUUAAUACCCUAACUUGUAUACCAGGUUAGCUGUUAGUACUAUUUAAUACCAUAACUCGUCAAGCAGGUUAGCUGUGAGCACUAUUUAAUACCAUAACUUGUAUAGCAGGUUAGCUGUGAGCACUAUUUAAUACCAUAACUUGUAUAGCAGGUUAGCUGUGAGCACUAUUUAAUACCCUAACUUGUAUAGCAGGUUAGCUGUGAGCACUAUUUAAUACCCUAACUUGUAUAGCAGGUUAGCUGUGAGCACUAUUUAAUACCAUAACUCGUCUAGCAGGUUAGCUGUGAGCACUAUUUAAUACCCUAACUUGUAUAGCAGGUUAGCUGUUAGUACUAUUUAAUACCCUAACUUGUAUAGCAGGUUAGCUGUGAGCACUAUUUAAUACCAUAACUCGUCUAGCAGGUCAGCUGUGAGCACUAUUUAAUACCCUUACUUGUAUAGCAGGUUAGCUGUUAGUACUAUUUAAUACCAUAACUUGUAUAGCAGGUUAGCUGUGAGCACUAUUUAAUACCAUAACUUGUAUAGCAGGUUAGCUGUGAGCACUAUUUAAUACCCUUACUUGUAUAGCAGGUUAGCUGUUAGUACUAUUUAAUACCAUAACUUGUAUAGCAGGUUAGCUGUGAGCACUAUUUAAUACCCUAACUUGCAUAGCAGGUUAGCUGAGUGCACAAUUAAAUACCCUUACUUGUAUAGCAUUUAACCGUGAGCACUAUUUUAAUAUUAAAACAACAUAAAAUUUUCAAGAUUUUUAAACUAUAAAAUACCUAACAAUGGUUUAAAAAUACAGCCUGUCUUGUGCUGCUCUGUGGCUAUUUUAUCUUUACACUGUAAUGAAUUGUUAAUUUUAAGUUAUAACUAAUUAACAGGGCAAGUAACUUUGUUGUAUUAUUAGUCCAAAAAAAAAUUAAAAAUUGGACACUCCUGGGCUCAAGAAAUUAAAAAAAUCUUUAGGUUUACACAUUCAUUGCAUAUAACCAUUUAUUUUUAUUUAAAGCUGUUCGCUUGGUGUCUUUUUUUUUUUUUUUUGUGUGUGUGGGCGUAUACAUCUAGCCUUUGUAUUAAGACUAAUUAUUUUGUUAUAUUUUUAGGUUUUUUUGAACCAGUUUUUGUUAACUUUAUUUUUAUUUAAAGUUGUUUUUUUGGUUUUUUUUUUUUUUUUUUUGUGUGUGUGGGCGUAUACAUCUAGCCUUUGUAUUAAGACUAAUUACUUUGUUAUAUUUUUAGGUUCUUUUGAACCAGUUUUUGGUAACUUUGAGGACUUUCCAUCCUGCAGCUAUUGCCAAUGAGAAGAGCAAAUUAUAUGGUGUUCAGUUUCAUCCUGAAGUUGACCUCACAGAAAAUGGCAAGAAAAUGUUGCAUAACUUCCUGUUCGAUGUGGCCCAAUGCAGUGGAGAUUAUACUAUGAGCAGUAGGGAGGAGGCCUGUAUAAAGUACAUCAAAGAAACAGUGAAGGAUCACAAGGUUUUGGUGAGGGUUCAUUCUUUCAUAUCAAAUGUACAGAAAGAAAGCUCAAUUAUAAUUGCAUUGACAUUAUUUUGUACAAACACAAUUUUUCAGUCAUUGUCCCAUGAUCCCUAUUUAAUCUGAAAAAGACCCAUUCAAUAGAUAAAUUAAGUUGAUAUAGUGACCCUCAUAUAAGUUUACAUUAGCUCUACAUGUCUUUAUGCUUACUGCCAGACAAAGUUAAUCCUUUAUUAAUAAUUGGACUUUACUUUUUUGUAGAUGCUGCUAAGCGGUGGUGUGGAUUCCACAGUUUGUGCUGCACUGCUACACAAAGCUCUAAAUGAGGACCAAGUGAUUGCAGUGCAUAUUGACAAUGGGUUUAUGCGCAAGAAUGAAAGUGAUCAAGUUGAGCAGUCACUCAAUAAAAUAGGCCUGAAAGUUAGGGGUAAGUGUAAGGCAGUGUUAAAUAUUCAUAAGCCUAAUUAUUUUCUUUCAAAAGCUAUACAAUACAACACAUAAUCUCUACUGCUUCUUAGCAUUAUGUAUUAGGAGAUUAGUGUUAGAUCUGUAUUGAUGUUGUUGAUGCAUCAAGUAAUGUUGAUUGUUAUUUUUGUUGUUUUUCUCCAUAAAAUCUGAGCACUGUUUUUCAGUGUUUGAAAACCGAUGUUAUUGUGUUAAAACUAUUUCAGUGAUCAGAGCAUCCCAUACAUUUUAUAAUGCAACAACCUCUGUGUCCAUUGAUUCCAAUGAUAUCAACUCACGGAAGAGAAAAACUAAUACUUUGAACACCACCACAAAUCCUGAGGACAAGAGGAAGAUUAUUGGUGACACUUUUAUGAAGGUAAACAACUGGCUCACAAUAAUUGUAAGAACACCAGCUCACAUACCCGCUAACCCACAGAGCCAAACCCACGUACAUGCAAAUAUAUUAUGACCAGGUCACUCUUAUACAAUGUGCGAUAAUCAGAUAUCUUCUAUGAUUGUACGACAGGGCCUGUCAGAAAUGCAAUUAUAUGAGACCAGGUUGAAAAAUAUAUUCCUGUAGUUUCUAUGAUUGAUAAUAAAAAAUAAAUACAUUUUCGGUUGAUACUUUAGCUCCCUUCUACAUCCUGUGGUGAAUGGUUCGAGACAUUCAAUUGGUUGAAUGGGAAGGGUUAGGGGCCAGGGUGUUGUGUUAGAAUAUUUUUUAAAGGCUAUAAAAUAGAAUCGCCUUGUUUUGUAAUGAGGGUGAUGAACAUCAUAUUGUUGCAUCUUUGUUUUUACAGUGAACUUGCUCAACACAGCAACAGUAAUAUUAUCUUAGUUGUAGUGACACAUUUAGUAACAUUGGCUUUUGUUUGCUUCUGUGCUGUAUGACAUAAUUUUUUGACAUAAUUAUUUCAUCCUUCAACUGAACUGUGGCAAUUGCAAAAUGGGGAAAACUGGAUUCCUUUUUUUAUUUUUAUAAAUUAAAUGUAUUCUUGUUAGAUUGUGAGAUUUUUGCUAUUUAUUAACUACUAAAAUUAAAGAAUUUAUAUAAAGACAUCUGGGUAAGGAGAACCUAAUUUUCCACAAGCAUUCCGAUGGCAUAGAAUGAUGUAUAAUGAUGCAAAACUACAUUUGGGUAUGCGCAUAAGCACAUUCCUGCACAUUUUGAUUUUAUUUUUAAAAAUCUGUUAUCGGGGCUCAGCCUGUCCCUAAACCUGACCCCACUUUCACUUGAGUGACUUAGAGUUCUCGAUUUCUGCUCUUCCAUCCCAUUGUCUUUCAUCAAAAUGGCAAUGACGGCACCUUUUUAUUUGCAAUAUAGUACUAGGUAUAUAAACAUCAGCACUAUAUCUAGGUAUAUAAACGUUCGUUACUUUGAGAAGUGACAUUUUUAAGACAUGCUGUGUGAAUAGUUACAGUACACAUUAUACUGUAUGCUUAUUUAUUGAGAUGCUAGAUAUAAGAUGAACCAAAGCGCACAUAGAUUUAAAGUGAAACAAUAUUAAAACUGUGGUUUUUUUUUAAUUGAAAUCACACUAUUACCAGAAGUCUGAGGGGACUUGUAAUUUCGUAUUCUAAAUAACAAUGAGAUAGGUGUGUCAGUAUGCCCAGGGAUGCAUCCAUCAUGACGCAUUUAGUUUCAUUUAUUUCAUUUAUUUCAUUUUUUUAAUUAUAAUUUUUGUAAGCAAUAUUUUUUUUUAAAAGAAUAAUUAAAGUAUUUGUCACUAGCCAGUGGAUCCAGAUAAUAUUUACUCAAAUCCAGAUUUAUUCUACGCAAUAUACAUUUAACAACUUUAUGUUUGAGAAUUUGUGUAGUUCUCAAAUUAUUGCAACCAAUAUUUUCUUGCACUCAGGUUGCUAAUGAAGUUGUUGAUGAACUGAACUUGAAACCAGAAGAUAUCUACUUGGGACAAGGUAAAUAUGUGUCUAUAUUUAUUUAAGUACAUUAAUUUUGAGUUAUCAGAAUGUGGCCAGCUUGACAUUUUUAUUUCUGUUGCAUUGGUUGUACAUCAAUAACACUGCUACCUGAUCUGAAAGAGAUUUUUUUCUAAUUGUUUGUUGUGCCUCAGGAACUCUGCGGCCUGAUCUGAUAGAGAGUGCCUCCGCCCUGGCCAGUGGGAAUGCUGAUGCCAUCAAGACCCACCACAAUGACACAGAUUUAGUCAGGGAGUUGAGAGCCCAGGUUGGACUCUAUUUUAUAUGCUUUUUAUUUAGUUGCUCUAAAUGAUAAAUUUGUUUGUUAUUUUGUGGGUGGUCAAAUGUUGCAUUUUAAUUUUGAUCCCCACUCCGUGAUGUCCAAUUAAUCUGAACUUUGUCCACUUACACACACCCUGGACGAUGACUUCAGUAUAUUUUUUUCACCAAAGAUCUCUAUAUGGGUCUAUCUUGCAUCUCAAUUUUGACCCACUCCCUGAUGCCCCAAUUGAGCUAAAACUUUCUACACUUACCCGCCCCCGAUGACAAUACAACCCUUUAUUAUAAGUUGGUGUCCAGUGACAUCCUCUGACACUUAAGUGAUAUCUUUUUGUUAAACCUUGCAUCACAAUUGUGACCUAAUGAGCUGAAAGUUUGUACGCUGACUAUAAAAAUUACAAAAUAAAACAAUAUUAAAAAUAAUUUUUUAAAAAACAGGCUCUCCAAUUAUUUAGGCAUAAAAUAUGCAAAUCAGAAAUCUCAUUUGCAUAAAUGUUAAGAUUUCAUUUUGUUUUGAAAAGAUCAUAUUAGUUCAUUCAAUUCCCUACAAGAAUACAUAUAUAGUUUUAUAUUUGUAAAAUUCUUUUUUAUUUUUUAUACAUAUUUUUACAAAGUAAGUGUAGGGCUUGUGAAAAGGGCUCCAUCUUCUUGGUACUGACAGUCCAAAAAGGCGACUCUUGCUGCGGCAUGUCACGUGUUAAUCAAACUCAUAAACCAUAUCAAAACUUAAAUUUUUAAAAUCUUUUUAAUCCAUAUCUUUUAAUUUUUUAAAAAUGUUUGUAAGAUUUCAUCUAAUUGUACAAUUAAAUAAAUAAAUAAUAUACACAAAAAAAAAAAAAUUUAUGAGCGAACGUAAUCUGCGCAUAUAGUUUCUCUUUUUAUAUAAGAGAAGUGAAAAUCUAUUCACCCAAAAUUUGUCCCAUCUUUGUUAAAGAGCUUGUGUCCUUCAAAUGAAUUGAUGGGUCAUCAAGUAAUAUCAUGGUAUAUUACAAAUUUAAAUUCAAAGACCAAUUUUUUUACAAUGGUUUAUGUCAUUCAUUCAUAGAAACGCAAAUUAUGUCUUUUCAGAGUAACAUGUAUUUUAAAACUUCAUUUGACUACUUGCGAUAUAAACACAAUUUGCCUUUUUUUAAAUUUUACAUAAUUCUAUUAAAGCUUUAAAUUUACAAACAUCUGUUAUUGAUACUCUCGUAUUCUAUAUUAUCUAGGGUCGUAUUGUUGAACCAUUAAAAGACUUCCACAAAGAUGAAGUUAGAGCAAUAGGCAAAGAUCUUGGUCUUCCAGAUGAGUUGGUACACAGACAUCCCUUCCCAGGUAAGCAAAGAUCCCAUCAAUAAAAUAUGUAUUUUCCAUCCUCAUUGAAAUGACUAUAUUAAUUAGUGCAACCACUACCUGCAACCUACUUCUUUGUGGAUCUGUGUGGGAGGGUGGGACUCAACCUUGGAAGGCAACUUAUCUAAGAGAAGGCAAGCUCUGAAAUGAAACCCGGAAAUGGCGUUCCAUAGGUGAUAUGGCACUGACAUCGUGAAAAUUCGGACAACCCCUGCAACAUGAAACACGUUAAGAGCACAGUGAAACACACAAAAAGCAUUGCUGGUUAUCCGCUGCAUCCUGGUCUGUUUCAAGUAAUCUUUACAAAGUCUUACCAUUGGCAAGGAUGAGAGAUUGAGGCUGACGAAUUAAGCAACUCUCCCUCACUUUAAACAAAAUGCAGCUCAAGUCAAGGCUACCACUUGUCGAAUAUUGCCUUGAUCAUCCUCACAUGAAAAGGACGUACAGUAUAUAUAUGUAUUUCAAUGUAUACGUUGAAGCAUUGAACAAAUCAUGUGCUUGUUCUUCCUUGGAAUCCAAGCACUUGAAUGUUACUAUUGAAAUGCCUUAGCAAGUAAUAGGCUUUGCAUCUUAGCUUUUUGUCUUUGACAGGACCAGGACUGGCCAUCCGUGUUAUCUGUGCUGAUGAACCUUUCAUGUGCAAAGACUUUGCUGAAAAUUCUGUCAUGCUUAGGAUCAUCACAACCUUUUCAACUUCAACCAAGACUGUAAGUAACACUCUUGACUCUGUAAAAUCCAUGAAAUAUAAGUAUUGUGAGAAAUAAUGUUUUUUUAAAAUUCCCUGAUCAUUUUAUGAAGCAUUUCAUUAUGAACAGUUAGAAUGUGUGUUGAUUUUUACACACAUGCAAAGGAGACUGAGAGAAAAUGACUGAUGAUUUGUUAAUAUAAAUAUAAAUUCACAUCCUGUUAUCUGCACUUGGCGGGGGGGGGGUGAUAUGAGUACAACUUAAUUAAGGCACUCUAUAAAUGUCAAGGCUGUAUUAUUAUCUAUAGAAUUAUCCCCUUUAUCUGCCUAGUACUGCAAAGAUAAGCCUACAAGUUAGAAUGUGUGUUGAUUUUUACACACAUGCAAAGGAGACUGAGAGAAAAUGACUGAUGAUUUGUUAAUAUAAAUAUAAAUUCACAUCCUGUUAUCUGCACUUGGCGGGGGGGGGGGUGAUAUGAGUACAACUUAAUUAAGGCACUCUAUAAAUGUCAAGGCUGUAUUAUUAUCUAUAGAAUUAUCCCCUUUAUCUGCCUAGUACUGCAAAGAUAAGCCUACAAUUAGGUAACAUUCUUUCAACUUUGUUUCAGGCCCCCAUGCUUGCAGGCAGUAAGGUGGCUACUCUUUUUUUUUUCCCUCAUUCUUAAUUGAUAGGGAUGUCUAUCAACAAACUGACACUGUUGUUAAAACUGUGAUUUGAUAUUGUUUAAUGAGUUUGGUAGAAAUAGAGGUCCAGCUUUCUAGAUAAAGAUCUUCAUCCAGAGUUUUAUGUUUUUCUAUGAUUUCCUAGUUCAAGUCCAUCUGAUGUAUCAUUAAAGGGGCUUGGACGGUUUAUCUUCAUUUUGAACCUGUUCCACACACUUGAAAGACUCAAAUGUUAACAAAUAUGAUUAUCAAUAUGAUCGUUUUUUUAUUCAUAAAUUUUUAAGCACUUAGAUGAAUGCAUUUUAGCAGCUUUUUACACACAAAACAGUUUUUAGCUGAGUGUUUCCAUCAUACAUUGGCUCUGUAACAUAAAGACGCUUGAGCUGUAACUCACAUCGGUGAGAUUUUUUCACUGUGUGGCUUUCUCUCUUUUUCAUCUAGCCGCACUCCCUGCUGAACAGAAUUAAGUCCAGUUCCUCCUCAGAAGAACAAGAUCAUUUAAUGAGAAUAUCUGCCAGGUUUUCUAUGCAGUCCAUACUGCUGCCCAUUAAAACUGUUGGUGUGCAGGUAGGACAUGUUGCUGUAAUUAAGUUUUACAGCUCAUAAAUUCUUGAUUUAUUAUUGAGCAAACAGACACACACACACAGAUCUUUAAAAACAAUCAUUUUGACAUCCCUUUUGUCAAAGCAAUGAAUAGUAUUUUCCACUGAAACCUGUAAUAUAUUUUUUCUCUUCUAAAUUUGUUUAAUUUAUGGUGUGUUUGAUUAUUAAUUUGGCUUUUAAUCUUAUUUGAGAGUAAUAUAACUGAUUCCUGGAAGCGUCGACUGACAUUUUAAGAAAGCUGACACAGUGUUGAACUUUUCUAGGGGGACUGCAGAACUUACAGUUAUGUGGCGGCUUUGUCCUGUGAAGAUGACCCAAACUGGGAAGAACUGAUGAUUCUGGCCAAACUAAUUCCAAGGAUUUGUCACAGUAUCAACAGGUUUUUUUACUUAGUUCUAUUGUUUUUUAAAGACUUGGUAAUUGUAUUUUCUUCUAGUAUAAAUGACUCAUUCUUUGUGUCUUACUCUUGUGAUUUCUAGCCUAAUACACUAUGAAGUGAAAGAAACCAUGUGUAUUGAAGCACAGGACGUUUACUUAACUCAGUACUCUACAUUGAAAAGUCAAGUCCCACAAUCUGCUUAACUCACGUGCGGGUUAUGGAUCAUGAUUACAGCUGCCGCUAUCAUGGAUUUGAUUGGGUGCAUCCCAAUCAUGUUAAAAACUGUAACCUUAUGGCUUCGUCUUCUGUCCUUAUCACAAAAGUGACUAAGCAAGAUUUUGGUUUUACAAUAUCUUAUGUUUUUUGCAAGGGGUAAUACCAAUUUCUUGAGUUUGUGAACUUACAUUCCUAUUAUUUCAAUCUGUCCAGAGUUGUGUAUGUAUUCGGUCCGUCAGUCAUUCAUCCAGUAGAGGACAUCACACCAACCUUUCUAACAACUGGAGUACUAGCAACACUUCGACAGGCCGACUACAACGCUACAAGGACCCUAGCUGAAGCUGGAGUGUCUGGAGCUAUAUCGCAGGUAAAAAUUUAGAUAUCCAAAAUGUAUACGUCCACCAUCUGGGAGGAGUGACUGGACCACAUUUAGAUGAGAUAUCUUUUUUUGAUCCAAACAAAUGAAAAUGUUCUUUAUAACAUUGUACAUAUACAUUUUCAGCACAUAAAUAAAUACAUAUUUUAUUUAAUACAGUCGACAUUUUCCAACUAAAACAAUUUUAACACAAGAUAUCUAUCUACAUUAAAUUAUAUCUCUAGUGUAAAAAACAGCCAAUCAGUGAACUCCCUUAGUUAUAAUAGGGACCCAAUUAGUGAUCAUUUAGAUUUCGUGACUUAUGGGAGCACACUGGUAAAUUUGUACAGAUUGGGGAACAAAAGAAUAUGUAUAUCUUUCAGUCCGCGCCUUAAGAGAAAGAAUUUGUCCUGAAUUGGCGAAUCUUAAAUAUCCGAUGAAGAGGGUGGGAAAUAUCAUCCAAUAUUUUUUAAAUUUUACAAUAACAUUUUUCUUCAAAUAGUUCUUCAAGUGAAGUUGCGCGUCGUAAAUGACCUUCUGUCAUCUUGUGGCGAGGGCAAGAUAUCGCUUUUGUUGUUACUGGAUUUAUCGGCUGCGUUCGAUAGGCUUGACCACGGCAUACUUCUCCAACGUCUGGAAAAUAUGUUCGGUUUCACCAAUACGUCCUGAAAUGGUUCCGUUCGUAUCUGACAAAUCGGGUCCAAUCAGUUAGCGCAAACGGCAUGAACUCAAAGCAAUCUAUCAUCGAAUUCUAGGCCCAGUGCUUUUCACUAUGUACGUUCAGCCCCUGGGUGCAGUGAUCAAGCAGUUUGAUAUGCUUAUGCUAUAUCCCGUGUUCGCAGAUGAUACCCAACUUCAGAUAUCUGUGCUCCCCUCUCAGUUCCCUCGGCUUCUUAGUAUGACACAGAUGACAGUGGAGUCAGUUAAGCACUGGAUGACUAUAAACAAGCUUAAAUUGAACGAUGAAAAGACCUAGCUAAUCCCCAUUGCUACCGCUUAAAAGCUAAAAUAUAUAACUAACAGACAAACCCUUACUCUCUCAUGUAUACAGAUAGAGUUUGCUCAAACAGUGGGAAACCUGGGUGUCUACUUAAACAGAACACUAACUAUGGAAAAUCACAUUAACAUUCUUUGCAAGGCGAUUUUUCUAGAGCUGCGCAGAAUGAGUCAUAUCAGACCUUUCUUAACAUUAGACGCAUCGAAGAGGCUGAUGUCUGCAUUCGUGCUUUCACGCAUGGACUAUUGCAAUGCUCUUAUGGUGGAUCUUCUAGCAACGCUCCUGGAUAAAAUUUAAAAAGCACAGAAUAAUGCGGCUCGCAUUGUUCUUCAAAAACACAAAUUCGACCUUGCUAAAACACUUCUGAGAGAGUUGCAUUGGCUGUCGGUACAAAAUUGCAACUCUGUGCUACCGCUGCUUGCCUGACCUGGCACCGUCCUAUCUCAAAGCGCUACUUACGCCUUAUGUACCCACUAGACAACUCCGCUCAUCUGAUAGUGGCAAACUCUCGAUACCACGUGUUCGCCUUGAGACUUACGAGGGGCGCACUUUCGCAUUUGCUGGCCCAACAAUUUUGAACACUCUUCCUAUCGCUAUCAGAAACAGCCAGACACUGGAGUCUUUCAAAACUGAUGUGAAGACUUAUCUUAUUCGCAAACACCUGCUGGGGUGAUGUUGUCUAUCUAGCUAUCGUCUUUUAAAUGUAUAUUGGCCUGUGUUGUUUAUGGGUGCAAGGUAACUAAAAGUGAACUAGUUUCUUCUUUUGCCAUAUAUUUGAUAGAGUUAUGGGAUCAACUGAAAAAUUAACUGAAUGAAUUCCACUGGCAUUGUAGUCAUAUUUUAAGCACCAUUGUCAUAUUUUUUAAGCACUUCAAAUGUAUUUUUGUUUUCUUUCUUUGUGUUUUUCCUCCUUAAAUUGAGCAUGCAGGAAAGAUCAGACCUGUUUACUCUUACGCUUUUGGCGUACAAUGUACGAUUUUGAGGUGUAUAAAUUAUAUAAACUGUAUGUUUAUUUGUUUUACUAUUAAGAUAGUGUAUUGAAUGAUUUUGUGAUUGAUGUACGAUUUUAAGAGUUUGAGGGUAAGAUUAAUAAGACACGAACAAAUUGUGUCAAUAUAACAAUAUAAUUUAAUCUUUAAUAAUAAUUAUAAAUUAUACACAAGUAAACGUUUCGGCACAUGCCUUCAUCUAUACAAACAAAAAAACAUUUAAAUAAGUAUAAAUUAAUCUUACAUAAUAUCAAUAUACAUAUCCUACCUAAAAAAAGAAAAAAACUUAGGAGAGGGCGCUAAAACCAGACAAAAACAAAGCAAAGAGGAGUGGAAAGGAAGUGAUUUGAACAUAAUUGUAAAAACUAAAUAGGAAAAAGAAAUGGCCGCUAGGUAAAAUUGUGGAUUUGGUUUAUUCCAUAUGGAGACAACAUACCAAAUCUUGUUAUUAAUUUAUUCUCCAUAUAGAUUCUAUCUGUAGUGUUACUUGUAUAGAGUACACCAGUAACUGCGAUGUCUGAGAUACCAUCAUGGUUAGGGCUAUUGAAAUGUUUGGAGACCGGACAGAGAGCUUGUUUAUUUAUGUUAUAGAGGUGUUCUCUGAACCGGUCUCCAAGUUGACGUCCUGUCUCUCCUAUGUAUAAUUUACCGCACUUUUUUGCAAAUGAUGGUGUAAAACACGUUGCGACUUGUGCAGGUAAAGCCAUCUUUUAUUCAAAAUAUUUCCAGAGGGAAAGUGAUCUUAUCAGCUUCAAUCACGUAUGGACAUGAGUUACAACGGCUACGGUUGCAACUUUUUGUGCCUUUAUGUGCUUUAAUACCAGGGAGGUGGCUUCUUACUAGCAUGUCCCUAAGGCUCUUGUCUCUCCGGAAAGCGAAAAGAGGAUGUUUUCUGAAAAUCUCAUUUGUGACAGGGUCUGCCAUAAGAAUUGAGCGGUUUUUCAGAACCGGAAAACAAGCUUUUAGGUUAUGGGGAUGAAAAGUUAAAAUAAAUUUAGACCUAUCCCUAGCGUCAGAAUGAGUAGCUUUAAAAGAAUCCUGACUAGUCAUACCUUUAACUCGAGUGACAGCUGUUUUUAAAAUUUGUUCAGGGUAUAACCUGCGUCGGAAAAAAUCCAACAUUUCAGUCAUCCUUUCCCCAAAAUCCUCAUCAUUAUUACAGUCUUCUGAGUCUCAGCAGCUGAGAAAAUGGGAUGGAGUUUUUACACCAUUGAGGAUGGGAUGAUGAAUAUAACAAGAAACUAUGACUGUUUGUUUAUAGAAAAUGGACGUAGAUAUUUUGUUCUCAUUAAGGUUAAUUUGUAAGUCCAAAAAAUCUAUGGUGCUUUUAUGGAUCAUUGAAGUGAAUUUAAUUGUUGGAUGAAAAUCUCCAAUGAAGUCAAUAAAACUUUCAAGUUUCAUUAUUUCCAUAUUAGUAAUCCCUAUACAAUCAUCUAUGUAUCUUCUGUAGCAUUCUGGGAAAGGACCUUCGUAGUGUUCUCUCCAAAGAUGUUCCAAAUGGCCCAUAAAUAGACAUGCAUAACUUGGUCCCAUUUUCGUUCCCAUAGCAACACCACUGAUCUGAUAGAAAAAUUCACCAUUAAAUUCAAACGAGUUAAGCUGUAGAACCAAUUCUGUCAAACGAACAAUGGCACUUGUUGGAAAUUUAGGAUUCUUAUUCAGAAAAAAUGAAAUAGCUGUGAGUCCAUCAGUAUGGGGAAUUGAGGUAUAAAGUGAAGAAACGUCCAUUGUAAAAAGUGAAUGGGUUUCAUUAGGUCAAACCAAGGACUCGAGAGAUUUGAUCAUGUGGUUAGUGUCCUUAAUAUACGAUGGCAAAUUUUCAACCAUGGGCUGGAAAAUUGUAUCCAAAAAUUCCGAAAUCAGUUCAGUAGGACAAAAACAAGCUGAGACAAUAGGUCUUCCUGGACUUCUCUGCUUGUGAAUCUUUGGUAACAAAUACAAGCAUGGUUUACCAAGAUCACUGUCAUAAAUACGUAAGUUUGAGGCAGACGCGGGUAAUUUGCCAACUUGAAUAAGUUCUUCGAUAGUCUUCUUGACAAUUUCAUUAUUCUGGACAAUGGGGUCGUUGGACCUCGGCGUGUAAAAGGUUUUAUCUUGUAAUUGUUUGGAGGCCUCUUCAAUGUACAGCUUCUUAUCCCAAACAACAACAGCUCCAUCCUUGUCUGCCGGUUUAAUAAUGAUAUCCUGACGUUUUUUUAUAUGAGAGAGUGCUCGCCAUUCUGGUUUAGAUAAGUUUGAUUUAUGGAGAGGAGUUUGGCAUAGAUUUUUUAUUUGAUUCUCUGUACAUUUAAUGUAAAGGUCAAGUUCUUUAGAUUGAUCAGGUGGAGGUGUCCAUGUAGAUUUGCGUUGUCAUUUUACAGGAAAUGAAUCCUCAUCCUGGUUAGUGGGAGCCUCGUGAAAGUAAAGUUGCAGUCUCACUUUUUAUAAUUAGUUCGAGGGUAAACAGGUCUGAAAGAUUAACCUUGUUAUUUGCUCUAAAUGUACUUUCAGAUGCCAAUUGUGUUGAUCCCUGUCCACUUUGAUAGAGAUCCAAGCAUGCACCUGCCAUCCUGCCAAAGGUCAAUAGUUAUAAGAACUUUCAUCACCAAUGAUUUUAUGACUGGCGUCCCUUCCUGCCCUGGCAAAGAAAUCCCUAUCAAGGUAAAUAGCCUGUCAAAGCAUUCUGUUUUUUUUUCUCAAUCUUUUGUAUUUUCAUCAUUUGAGUUAAGUCAUGAAUGCCUUUCUCUCCAUAGUAUUUUUAUUUAGUUUUGGAUGUUUCUGACUCUGGUUAUAAAGAAAUUAUGUUUGGUUUUUUUUGCUUUGUUCGGAUUAAGAGUAAUGUCAUUGUUUAUUUUAGGUACUUGACAAAAUGGUGGAAAAUAUUCUUCAAGUUCCUGGAAUUUCCAGAGUCCUUUAUGACCUAACAGCUAAACCACCAGGCACUACGGAAUGGGAAUGAGGCUAUUUACCUGUGAAUAGGUUUAUGUUGCAGUAUAUUAUCCUAAAUAUAUUACAAUUAGUCUUUAAUCUAAAGGCAUAAACUCGAAAAAUUGUCUCAUUUAGUGUUCUUUGGGCCCUCAGAUCAACCUGAAUAAAGAAUCGUUCAAUGUCCCUUCCCGAUGUUCCUUACAUUUGCAUUGUUUGUUUUUUAAAAUCAUUUUGUGUUUACUUGCAUUUUUGGGAGAAACUUUUUCAAAUAUCUAGGGUAAUGGCUGAAGUUUAUAUGAAAAUAAUAAUAACCGGAGAGAUGAGAUAUAGGCAAAUAUUUAUAUCAGGAAAUUCUAUAAUUUAAUGCAUUAUCUACAAUUUAACCAUGAAAUGAUGAAUUUGUUUUCUGUUUAAACUACAAUGUAUUUGGACUUCGUUAAUAAUUUGGAGACAAAAGAGAUUUGAGAUCUCAUGACUUAAAGAGAAAAGAUCUCAAAUUGUUUCUGGUUUUCAAGAAAAAGCCAUACGCCUAGUAAAGAUGUGUGAUGAGAUUUUGAGAAGAAUGUUGUUCAUUUAAUAGUAAUAAACUUGGAUUCUUGCUAGCAUUGUUGUCUUAGAGUAUUAUUGUGAAUACAUUUUUUUCGAUGAGACAUUAAGGAGGAGAGCAUCAUAUUUUUUUCCUGUGAUUUAGGCAGCAUGUUUGGUCCUAUCUUUUUAAAACUGAUGACAGCAGAAUACAAAAUAUUAUUUUAAAAAAUCAGUUGUAUCAUACAAAUUGAUUUUUAAAAAUCUUUAUCGAAUAUUAGUCUGGAAAUUGAUAUAAAUAAAAUUGUUAGGAUUUUUGUUUUUUAAUUUUUUUAAAAUCCACAUCAUUUCCUUAAUUAAUUUGAAUUCUGCUGAUUAUAAUCAUUUGUCAGCAUUUGGUUGUAAAAUAAUUAUCACACACAAUGUCAGAUUUUAAGAUGGAAAUCUUACUUAUGGUAUUAGGAUUGUUUUAUGCACCAGAAAUAUUAUCGAAAGGUAGUUAAAAUUAUCAAUUUGAAAAUUGUGCCAACUUGAUUAACUAUAGCGGCUGAAUUAUUGAAGAUAUUCUAAGUACACAAUGUAUCUUAACUCGAAAAAAAAAAAAGCUACAUUAAUAUGUAUUCUUAAUCUUUAAAGGGCUUUAAGAAAUAUUAAUAAUGAUGGCAAUAAACUUUGUAGUUUUGUGACACACUUUUUUUUUUCCUUCUUUUGUUUACAUAUCAUUAAACCAAAAAAAAUAUAUUUAAACUUUAACAGCAUUAUUGUCUUUCUUGGGCUCUAGCAGAUUGUUGCAAUGCUAGGUUGAAUAUUUUUGCGUUACAUUUUGAAUGUUGACUUUAAAACGCUUACCAAAUCUUCAUGAGGUGGUAUAAUUUAAACAAAGGUGAAUAGUGUGCUAGGAUAUUUCAUUUCUUACCAAAGGAUUGGUUGGUUAUACUGCACAAAUAAAUAAUAUUCAGAUUUUAAAUCUUUUAUCAUAUUCAUAAAUUCUUUUAACUUUGCUCUCUAGAACCAUUCAAAAACAGCACAAAUUUAUUGACAUCUAUUUAUUUAUUUGAAUUACAUAAUCCUGGAAAAUGAUUACCUAUUUAUAAUUGUUUAUAAAUCAGACUACAAGCUACCUCCUUUGUAAUGAUAUGGUGCUGUGAUUUGCCAUUCAUUAAUUCAUUAGUAUUUUGAGUUAUUCUAUCUACUGCAUGUGAAAAAUGGGUUUUAAUUUUAUAAAAAUUUCUGAGAAAAAUCAGAAAUCCAAGAGAGGGAAUUUUUAAGUUGUUAUGGGAGAAAGAGAGAGAAGGGGGGCCUUAUUUACAGUUGGGUUUAUCAAAGUGUGAAAAAUUUGGCAGCUUGGAAGAAAUGACAGUUUAUUUAUUUAUAUGCCUUUAUUUUUCUAUUGAUCUGAAACGUGUGCAAUUUAUAUUGAUUUUUGUGUAAGUUUAAUCUUUGCAUCAUAGUGACUGUCAACUUAGAUGGAUAUUAAAAAUUAAAUUACUUAAAGAUAAAGCAUAAUUUUAC